GGGGCGGGCCCGGCCGGCCGAGGGCGGCGGCGGCGGCGGUCGGAGAUGGUGAUCUGCUGCGCCGCCGCCAACUGCUCUAACCGGCAGGGCAAGGCGCGCCACGGCGCCGUCUCCUUCCACAGAUUCCCUCUGAAGGAUUCGAAGCGCUUGAUUCAGUGGCUGAAAGCUGUUCAGAGAGACAACUGGACUCCCACCAAGUAUUCCUUUCUCUGCAGCGAGCACUUCACCAAAGACAGUUUCUUCAAGCGGCUGGAAGACCAUCACCGCUUGCUGAAGCCCACUGCUGUCCCCACCAUCUUCCAGCUGGUGGAGAAGAAGCACGGCAAGCUGGAUUAUGUCAGGAGCAGAAGGAAAAUAGCCAGGCAGGUGCUGGUGCAGGAUGGGGAGGCCCCGCAGGAGGGAGGCGGUGAGGUAGCACCCAGGUCUCCAUCUUCUGGCCAGGACUUCGUGGUGAUGCAAGGGACGAAAGAGAUGGAGGAGGCCACUCUGAAAGAGGAAGUAGGAUCCAUGCCCAAGGAGGAACCAGCCCUCCACAGCCAGCUGGACGGCCCUCGGAGAAGGACGUUAGGGGAUCAUUUGGGCACCAAGCCUGGGGUGCAGGUAAAGCCCGAGAGGUCUCCUGGCAAGGACUGUGCCAGGGGCAGCUGGGCAGGGAGCUGGGUGGCAGACAGGAGCGGCGUGUCCGUGGACGAUUUCACCCCUCCUGCCUCCGGUGCCUGCAAGUUCAUUGGCUCCCUGCACUCGUACAGCUUUUCCUCCAAGCACGCCAGGGAGAGGCCGUCUCUCCCCAAGGAGCAGCUAGAAAGGAAAAGGCCAAAGAGAGACGUGGAGCCCAGCUGCAGCAGCCAGCCCUUGGGGCACGACAAGGCCGUCACAGAAGUGUCCCCGACGUCCUCCCUCACGGCCACUCCCCAGAAACCCUCCCAGGGUCUGUCAGCGUCCCCGGCUGACCUGACCCCUCGUCCCGCCGCCGAGGCCGUGCUGGGGCGCAAGGGGGACACGGACGCCAACCCCAUGUCCAUCAACGAGGUGAUCAUGUCGGCCUCGGGCGCCUGCAAGCUCAUCGACUCCCUGCACUCGUACUGCUUCUCCUCCCGGCAGAGCAAGAGCCAGGUGUGCUGCUUGCGGGAGCAGGUGGAGAAGAAGAACGGGGAGCUGAAGCUCCUGAGGCAGAGGAUCAGCCGCUCCGACAGCCAAGUCAGGAAGCUGAAGGAGAAGCUGAAUGAGAUGAAGCGCAACAGUUUCCCUUACUUGAACAGCCUGAUAUCCCAGGACUGUGAGACUCCCCAGCUGAACCCUGUGAUGGAACCCCUGUCCUGGAUGCUGGGCACCUGGCUCUCAGACCCACCAGGAGAUGGCACCUUCCCUACAAUGAAGCCCUUCCAGUACCUGGAGGAAGUGCACAUCUCUCACGUGGGACAGCCCAUGCUCAACUUCUCGUUCAACGCCUUCCACCCGGACACCAGGAAGCCCAUGCACCGGGAGUGUGGCUUCAUCCGCCUCAAACCCGACACUAACAAGGUGGCCUUCAUCAGUGCCCAGAACACAGGUCUGGUGGAGGUGGAGGAAGGGGAGGUGAAUGGACAAGAGCUAUCUAUAGCUUCUCACUCCAUAGCCAGGAUCUCCUUUGCCAAGAAGCCCCAUGUAGAGCAGAUUACCAGAAAAUUCAGGCUCAAUUCCGAUGGGAAGCUCGAACAAACUGUCUCAAUGGCAACCACUACGCAGCCCAUGACUCAGCACUUACACAUCACCUACAAGAAGGUGACACCCUGACACCAGGAGUGCUGGGUCACC